UAUGUUAUAUUAUAGAUAGAGAUCUUGAUUGAUGCAUGGGUCUUCCUUUCUUAUUUUUAGUAUGGGUUUCCGCCUCAUCCGGUACAUGUAUCUAAGCUGGUAGUAUCAAGUCGACGAUACAUUAAGACUUGUUGUUCGAUAGGCAAAUAUAGGAACUAUUACCACCCUAUUAUAAUAUAAUAAUAGAAUUACGGACCCAUAUCUACAAAUAGGAUAUCCGUGAGAGACUUUCUUUUACUAAAAAGAAUGAAUGCAUUUAUUGCAUUUCAAGUGAGAUGUCCAAGAGAAAAGGAACGAGGUUUUGAAGCGACGAGAACAAAAAAUCGUGAAUGAAAGAGCGUGACGAGUUUUUCUCCAUUCGAGAUGUUAGAAGGUGCAAAAUCAAUAGGUGCCGGAGCUGCUACAAUUGCUUCAGCGGGAGCUGCUGUAGGUAUUGGAAACGUAUUCAGUUCAUUAAUUCAUUCCGUGGCAAGAAAUCCAUCAUUGGCAAAACAGUUAUUCGGAUAUGCAAUCCUGGGCUUUGCUCUAACCGAGGCUAUUGCCUUGUUCGCAUUAAUGAUGGCCUUUUUGAUUCUAUUUGUUUUCUAAGUUUAUCCUUUUGAAAGGUGUAGUCCCUGAGGACGAGGCCCCCAGCAAUGGGGGGGAAAGAAGAGUGGGUACGCGGGCUUCUUUAACUUUCGUUUUGGAGAGAGCAUUGUGGAGCAGCAAAAGGCAUAAAUAAGGGGAAGCGGCGGAUUCCCCGGAAAAACGCCUUAAAAUAGCGAAGGUUCUGGAGGAGCUUUCCACAAACCGUGAUUCCUUGGUAAAUGUAAAUUCGGGGCAAAAGGCGGCCUACGAAUUUUAUUAUCGCCGUGCAGUGCACGAUUGGGAAUCAAAGGGACUAGCAGACGUACCAUGAGACUUUCUCGUCGUUAGUUUGCUUGCUUUGGUUUGUUUCCGGGGAGAGGUGAGCCGCUUACGCUGUGAGGAGACAGGAGCUCUCGAGCUUAGAUAAGUUCCCUAGGCCAGACAGAGGUCUAGGGGGAGUCCGGAUAGAGGACUCUUUAAACUCAACCGGUGGGCCCGCAUAUGUAGGAAGGCUUAAGCUUUCGAACUGCGUAACAAAAGCGACUCCUUGUUGGUGUAAGAUAGGUGUUGGUCCGAUUCACCAAUGUAAGUUAUAACCUGACGGGUCGUUCGUGUGGAGAAUCUCUCUCGUGACUCAGGAUUUCUUGAUCUUAGAGUGACCCUACCCAACUAACUCUCUCUAAGUAAGAGCUCGCCCUGACUUAGUCUUCUCGAUAGGAAUGAGAGAAAAGGUCAGUCCUUCUCCUGUGAGAGACUCCGAAGUGGGCUGCUUUCAAGGGCUAUAAUUUCCCUGUUUCGACGUGAGAUUGGCUUAGCUUGGUCUUUCUGUGUACCUAGAGUCAGUCUUCCCAUAGAGCUUCAAAGAUUCUGGUCUGGUUCGAGAAGCCUUAUAAAGUCGGAUCCUUUUUUUAGUCAAGUACCCGUGGGAUUCGAUUUGCCAACUGAUCCGAGGGUCAGGAACGGGAAAAGAAGAAUAAGUAGGACAGGCUCGAGGUCAAUUCUUUCUUUUAGGAGAGAUCCCACCCCCCUUCUUUAGCGCUUGUUCGUAAUAAAAGACUUCCUUCUCGUUCUCGGUCGGUGAAGGAAUCGGAGCAGCUAUAUAAUCAGCAUCUUACUCUUUAACGGCAAGCUCAGCAACGAUCAGUUUUCCUCUGCUUUCCAGCUCUAGUUUAGUUUUUUCUUAAAUAAAGCGGUGGUAGCGCGUCGAGAUUUCAUAACCGCAGUGAGAGUUGCCGCUGCUGGGGUAAUACCCUAAGUAAGGAUACCAGUCUCAGGAAGAUAGCCAGACUUGGUUGUGAAAGAAGGAGCUGCUGGCUGGUGGAGUAAGCACUUUUCUUGUUACAGUAUCCUUUGUUAACGUAGACGUUGUUGGGACUGAUUCCUUGACUGUUCAGCUCUUUGAAGGACAACUUCCCUUGUUAAUGUACGAGCAGGAGACUAGAAGAAAGAUGCCUACAAUCAUACUCUAUAAUAUCUAUAUCAUAUAAAAGGGAUCCCCUAAUGCCCAUAUUAGCGAGAUCUGACUCAAUAGGAACUGCACUUAGACUUGCCUCUAUGGCUUCCUUUCCUUGUAUGGCUUGUCUUUCUAUUGGACUGAUAGAGCGAGCUCUAAUCUCAAUUUUUAAUAAAGACUCACAUACUCCAUUCUAAAUAAUUAUAAGUCGAGUGACUUCGUACCUCUCCUGACCGAUAAAAAUAAGUUCCAGAGGCAUCCUCCAUUCAUAUCGAUUUGGGUUUUUCUGCACCAUAUUUUGAUCUGCCUCUUCUUCGAUCCGGAAUUCCCAACAAAUCCUUGACUCCUCGAAUACAAUGGGAUUUAACACCUGGCAAAUCUUUAACUCUACCUCCUCUUAUUAAGACCAUAGAAUGUUCCUGCGAAUUAUGACCUUCGCCCGGAAUGUGAGCAAAUAUAUCAUGUCGAUUGCUCAAUCGUACUUUGGCUAUCUUACGUGGAGCUGAAUUUGGUUUUUUCGGUGUUCUCGUUGAAACACGCGGGCGUACUCCUUGCUUCUGGGGACAUUGAUCCGAAGCUCGAGUACGGUCCGUGCGCCGUUUUUCUUCUCUACCAUGACGAAUCAAUUGAUUUAAUGUAGGCAUCGCUCUUUCCUUUGUCCUUCCUCCCUAUUUUUGCCCUAUCACUAGUGAUUACUCCCGAUCCGAAGCACCCCUUUUCCAUUCAUAGAGAGAUCCAAUCGUCAAAAUCAAUAAAAAGGCCAUCAUAGACCAAGAUCCAAACGGAUCAAUCUUGUUGGGAGGUACUGCCCAAGGAAAGGAAAAGGUUACUUCCGGAUCAGGAAUAAUAAAUAAAAUGGAAACAAGAUAAAAUCGUAUAUCGAAACGACUUCUGGCAUCACCGAAAGGAUCGAAACCACAUUCGUAGGCCGACAAUUUUUCUGGAUAGGUCGAACUAUUGGAAGCAAAGGGAAAAGGAAGACCGAGUAAGAUCAAAGAAACUAGCAGACUGAUCACUAAAUAGAUACAAAUAGGUGCAAAUUCUGACAUUACCACAAACCACUUGGUUCUUUCGCUCCAUUCUCGCGGAGCGGCAUACCGGAAAAAAAUAAAAAAGAUCCGGGCCUGGUCUGGUCGACCCAAUCAUGAUAUUUCGACACAUUGGGGCUAUGGGACUCGAACCCAAUUCUUCCACGACCCCCAUUUCCUUCUCUUAUGAGAUUUUAUUUUGAAGAUCACAUCACCUUUCAUACCAAAAAGAAAGCUCCUCAUAUACGAUAGCACCAAUGAUAGAAGUAGAGAAUGCUAUCCUUCUUCUUUAUUUCAUCUGCAGAGCCUAAUCCCUUUAUCCCCUCUCCCUUAGGUUAGGGUGCAUUCCUGGUGAGUAAGCCGAGUCCUUCUUGCUUGAAAGGAAUAAGAGCUUGCUUCCUUUGUGACUGAAAACUCUUUAUAAGUCCAAUUAGGCCUGAGCCCUUGUGGUAAAUUAGCCAGCCCACUUCCACCAGUUCUGACUUCCUAAGGAAGUGUAAGCCAUACUUUCUUGGCGCUGUCAGCCACGCUUUGUUUGAGAUCCGUUGCAGGGCAUGUGAACUUCUUUGUAAACGGGCUUCUUCCUAGGUCAUUCGCUUGCGACCACUUACUGGAAAGACUUGCCUUAUGCCUAUCCCUUGUUUGCUGGAUUUUCCUUGCCAGAUUUCCUUUCAAAACUACUGCUUGUCCUGUUAGUCUGUUAGAUCGCAUGGACAGAACUCCUAAUUCCUAAUUAAUGGCUGGCAGGUAACGGGAAAUGAAUGGAAUGGCAUUGGCUUAUGGGGCACUCCCUCUGGAUGGAUUAAGAUAACAGGCCUCGUCCCAAAGCAAAGGAAGAAAGAGGCUUGCUCACAUAAAAUAUCCCAGCUGGCAAGGGAAAGAUAAGCCCCAUACCGUAUUCAGGUAUAUCCGCAAUCGCAUAUUCUGGGCCAUCUGCAGCCUAUAUAGAUGUAUUUCCUGCAAUGUCCAGGCCAUUUCCUUUCGAUGGCAGAUCCCGUGGAAGUUCACUUUGUUUUGCUGUCGGACCAGGAGAGUGAAUCGAAUAGGUUACAUAGGCAGGACAGGCGAGUUCUCAUACAUUUCCUGGCGCUGUUAGCCUGCCCUAAUCUACUUCCUUCUCCUUGACUGUUUACUCAUCUUUUCCGAAGUGAGCAUAUACUGAAUCUCCCCUAGUGUAAGAAAGUUUAUUUCUAUUUCUAAAACUUGCCUCUUGUAAGUGAGUGUAUAAAAUGGCAUAUCUAAGUUAGUUUGAAAGCCGGGUUAUGAAAAUCCCAAUGCCCUCUUUUGACAUUGUUCGAGUUCUCUAGCGCCUGAGUCUGUUACGGUGAGUGAGGAAGCCUUUAAAUUGAAAGCAGGCCUUUCUUUUAUUCAAGUAGGAAUUCUAGGCAAGCUAGCAAUUCUUCAAGUGAGAGUUUACAUCCAGUGCUACAUUUAGAGUUCCAGUUGCAGGAAAGGGAAAGAGACUUAGGAGAGCCAGCAGGCGCCAGCAAGCUAGGUUUUAAGUGAGCAAUCUUGUGAUUUCCUUGCCAUCCAAUUACAAUUACAGUUGCUAUCUAGUUUCAGUGCCUGUGAGUAAACCAGUUCAAGCAAGGGUAAAAGCAUAUUCCGAUUCCGACUAGCUGAUUAUAGAGUCAUAUGCUAGGCCAGUUUCCAAUCAUCCUGUUUUUAGUUUGUCGUGCCAGGCGAGCAAAUGGGUUCCCUAGGCAGUAAUUGGUUGCAGGGCAUUUUCCUUGGAUGUUUUUUCUGUCCUAUAGAUAUAGAACAACAGGUAAAGCCUUAAUUAAACCUUUGCUUUGGGUGAUCAAAGAAUAGAAUCAAGGCUCCUCUCCUUUUCUAGGAAUCUACAACUCUCUUUACUGAGCGAGACUCUACCCAGAUCUAAAGAAUUCGCCAAAGAGCCUUCUUCUAACUAGGAGAGUAAGCAAGCUACCGGAAGCGAAGCUUCUGGCUCCCCCUUUGAAUUUCAAAUUCCUUCUUUUCGUUCUACUUAGGUGGAGCAAUCCGAACUCUCGACAGAAUAUAAAAGAGCGUCUUCGAACCUGUGUAGACACCUCAACGAACUCAUGUGGACACUCCUCAGCCCGAGCCGAGGACAAUUUAUAAAAAAUACACAUUAAGAUGUUGACCCGUUUUUCUUUUCUUUGCUGAUUCCUCUCAAUUAAAUUUGCCAUGUUGCACUAAGUUACUUACGUAUGUAUGCAUGCGGUCCGGGAACACUUUGGGGUGAACACCCAUCCGAACAAGUAGGGUCAAUAGUUCAGCAUUUAGGCCGUAACAUUUAGCAACAAAAAAAUCUUUAACCCAACAAGUGCUCUCCGAACCAAGCUAGAUAGUCUCCUAUCACUAGGCUCACCAACCAACCUGGACUUUUAUUCUGAUUAUUCCUACCGGAUAUCAAAACCAUAAGGAAGGAUUGUUUCCAGCCAUGAGUUCCCAUAUUACAUAAGCGCUCUUGGGUGGGCUGGGCCAUUCCAUCAAAUCUUUGAGAAGGGGCCCAAUCUCGUAUUUUAUGGUCGGCGUGGCGAUAGGCUUCGCUUCUACGACUGCCUCCCCAGCCGUUGCAAAGACUGAGCGAGAACGGUAAGGGGCGGAAUGUCGUUGCGCGGGGAUGCGAUUAGCCAAGCUGGGGCAAACAAAGCCGUCCGGCCCCCUACCGGAUUAGGAAUGCGAAGGCCUUUCCUUCGAAAGGAGACCGGGGAAAUAAAGAGCUAUGCUAUUGACCGACCCUUUCGUAGUGACUUCGAAUCAAUAGUCCUAUCCUUUUUUAUCAUUUUGUUUGAGGCGGGCCGAAUAGAGAAUUAAAUGCAGAAAUACGGGAAGAGUUCCAAACCGGUUUAAGGGCUGCUCGCCCUACCGAAGUACUAAAGGCUUUCGAGGCUUACACCUCCCUAUUACACGACCUAAAAAAAGGUAGCUUGCUGUAGCGCCCUUAGAAGAAAUCUAAGCCUUUUGAAGCGCCAGUAGUUGUAGCUGUGGCCACACCAACCCUUUCGUUCUUAUCGCUCCGGGUUUCUAUCUAUAUGACCUCCGGGCGGUACAAAGUAAACCUCUUCCGUAGAGGCAGGUAGUAACCUACCUAACCUUUAAGAGUAUGUUCAAGGGGGGGAGCCCUCUGAUCUAUCAAUGGAAAUAUCUCCGUGCGUGAUAAGGAAUCCUAGAAAAGAUCGAUUGAGACUCCCUCCCCGGUCCCACGAAGAUCUCUACGUACUUGUCAAGUCCAGGACAACUGAGAUCUUCCGGUCUGCGUGCGUGGGAGCAGCUCAAAUAAAGAAGAGUCUGGUCUGAAUUCAGGCCCGGCCCGCCCGUCUGCUGCUAGAUCCGGGAAUGGCGCCAGGCGAGGGCGCCGCUAUGCCCCACAGCUCUGCAGCGGCCGGCCCCCGGACUAUGCAAAAGAAUAGAGGCCGGGGGGUCUCGCCCAUAGUGGUUCCCCCCCCCCCCGCCUUUGGUGAUUGACCAAACUCAGAGGCCUAGAUCUGUGCCCCUUAAUGAAUCGAAUGGUCCUUCGGCCCCUUCAUUUUAUUCCGACGGCCGGCAUAGAUAUCAUGAGACCCGCCCACUAUUACUACGAAAAAAGCCCUGCCUUUUUCCUUCUAACUAGGAGAGUAAGCAACUUAUAUUAGCGCCGGACCUUGAGUCGAAUUGAUCGUGUCAUGUGCAACGUCCAUCAAUGAUGGUUCAUUAAUGUCCAUUGAUUUAGACUCCUUCCCCCUUCCCAACUACGAAUAAGAUCGAGAGGAGCCCCCCACCCCAAGAACGAAAACGGAAGCCUUUCGAUUCACUCCCCAUUAUCUCUUAAAUAAAGCUCGCCCUCGAGCCUUGGGCAGGUCGGCCGGGUCUUUCCCUGUUGUUCUGUUCCCGCCACGAGAAAGACGCACAGAAGGAAGAGGUAUGCCCGGCGCGCAGAGGAUCCGUUGAGAGUGUCUGUUGUAUCGGUAGGGAACUUUACGAUCUUUUCCCUGUAUUGAAUAAAAAAAAGAAUAGGUCAGUGCUACGGCCCUCUAUUGUUUGAUCCAAUAUUGACCGGGGACGAGCCCCGACUUCCAUAGGGCCUUUCCUUGGUUUGACCUCCCGUAGUGGUCCUUGCUUUUAAUAAAGCUCCGCGGGGCUAAUUUAUCGUACUUGCUCAGUGUGCCCCCCUUUCGUCGAGUGCCCCGCCCGGUUCACUGGGCUGUUGGCCUACCAAGCACUUGCCCGCAGCUCCUGCCGCCCGCCAAGCGGGCGGAGCGCUCGUUAUCCUUACUGUUCUCUAUGCCGGGGCCCCCUCCCAUUGCUCUAGCCAUAAGCUAUGGCAGCUCCAGCUCGAAACCAAAGGGGCCCGCCCUGCGAGGCCAGAGUGGGCUCAGUGGUCAGCCCCCAUUCGAAUUAAGGGGUCUUUAGCUUUUGCCAGAUCUAGAGAGAUACUACGAGUCCUCCGUCCCAGAUUCCAUCGCCGCGGCCAUCUGGUUCACCGGUACUACCAAAAAGUCUCAUGCUUACGUUACUACUGUUACUGAUGGUUUGAUUAUCUUGGACCCCGGUCGGUCGUGCUUCUGGUUUCCAUUCCCAUCAUCAUAUUGAUAUGAUCAAUCUCCUCGCGCUCUGCCAUAAGAACUUGGAGUCCGUAUCAUGGUGAAGGUAAGGUAACGCUGUGAUUCUUGCUCAAAAAACAGACCGAACGCGUUCGAGUUAUUGGCUCGUCCAACCCGGCAGCAUUCAUGAGUCGCUCGUUCAACUGUCCCUCGGAGACACGGUCGAGAACAUGCAUGGUUGCCCCCCGUCCUUUCUUGCUCUCGGUCCCACCCAGCAAGAUACGGCUCAGCCAAAAAACGUGAGCGCCCCUGCGCGAGCCUUAUUUUUUUAGUAAAGUCAAGCUUUGGCUCCCUAAAGACUAAAGACAGAAAUGGAUCAAAAAAAGGGGGGACUUCUGCAACGGGCUAUACCACCCAAACCAACUGAGGGAAGUCGCAUCCGCCCCAUCGCAAGCACCUACAAUGUCAUGAUCACAUUGGUUUACCCUUUUUUCUUUGGUAGUUCAACGGACGGUCGCCCCUCCAACAAGAAAAGGUAUAAAUAUGGAAACUUCUCUGCCAUUUGGAUCGGAGAAUUUAUGGAGGAAAUCGGCUUUUAAAUUUCCAGAAACCACACGAUUAUAUAGCCAAAGGGAAUACGCCGCGCCUAAAAUCAUCCCAAGCGCUGCUAAUGUGGCUACUAAGCUAUUUCUUUGGAAAGCUCCUACUGAGAUGGGAAAUUCCCCGAUAAAGCUGCUAGUACCAGGUGAACUCAUAUUGGCCAAAGU